GCAGCAGCAUGGCGGCGUCCUCUAUCUGCGUGCAAAGCUCGUUGAGGAGAGCAAUGAGACCGUCGUUGGUUGUGAUUCUGGGAGCCACGGGAACAGGGAAGUCCAAACUCGCCAUCGAGCUGGGCCAGCGCCUGAAGGGGGAAAUCAUCAGCGCAGACUCUAUGCAGGUUUACCAUGGUCUAGACAUCAUCACUAAUAAGGUGACGGCAGAGGAGCGUGCCCAGUGCAGACAUCACAUGAUCAGCUUCGUAGACCCUCUAGUGUGCACCUAUACCGUAGUGGACUUCCGAAACAAAGCUCUGGCUCUUAUUGAGGAUAUGCACAAUAGGAACACGCUGCCAAUUGUUGUGGGAGGAACAAAUUAUUAUAUAGAGUCUCUACUGUGGAGAGUGUUGCUGGAUACUGGGGACAAUGAGGACUCAGGUGAUGGUGAAGACUCAGUGCCCAACAGGAAACUGGAGCUGGAAAAACUGGGAGGAGCUGAGCUACAUAAACAACUGAUGGAAGUAGACCCCACAAUGGCAGCCAUGUUGCACCCCAAUGAUAAACGGAAGGUUGCAAGGAGUCUGCAAAUCCACCAGGAAACGGGCAUCCCCCACAGUGUGUGGCUGGAAGAGCAGAGGAGGCAGGAGGGCGGAGGAGGCUUGGGAGGACCACUACGGUACCCAGACCCUUGCAUCUUCUGGCUACAUUCUGACAUGGAAGCUCUGGACAAACGUUUGGACACUCGGGUGGAUGAGAUGCUGGCUGCAGGGCUAAUUGAUGAGCUGAAAGAUUUCCAUGUUCGCUACAAUCAAAAGAAAAUCCAGGAUGAGAGUCAGGACUAUCAACAUGGGAUUUUCCAGUCCAUUGGCUUUAAGGAGUUCCAUGACUACCUGAUCGCUUCAGAGAGCUGCAGCCAACAAGAAAGAGACACUCUACGCAAAAAAGGUAUAGAGGCUUUGAAGAUUGCUACAAGACGCUAUGCUCGCAAACAGAAUAAAUGGGUCCGGAACCGCUUCCUUAAACGGCCAGGUGACGGAGUGCCACCAGUGUACAGUCUGGAUGUGAGUGAUGUGUCGCGGUGGGAGGAGACCGUGCUGACCCCUGCACUGCAGAUACUGGCCUCGCUCUGUAAGGGUGAAGAGCCUGCUGUUUCACCUUUGAGAGUGGAGGGGGCAGAGUCAAGAAACAAGCGUAGCCGGCACACCUGUGAUCUCUGCGACAAAGUCAUUAUUGGAGAUUUGGAGUGGACAGCACAUCUGAAGUCCAAAAAACACUACUACCAUGUGAAGAAGAAGAAGAGGAAGUCUGAUGAGAGUGGGAACCAAUCACAGAGCCUAGAUGUCUCUCAGGACUCGCUUCUCGCUCCAGGCUGCAGUGAAUGUCCCCAGGAGUCCUCCCCAGAUGCCAGGGCAGCCCACACACAAGCCCCUCCCUCCCUUUGGUUCAUUCAUCAUGGCGCAGAAUUUCUGAAACUAUGGCGAUUCGGAUGGUCCAAGCCAAACGCAUGGUAAAUUCUGAGAGACGACACGUACCCAAUUUC